GGACAGAACAAAACAAAGCAAAAACAAAUGAGGAAGGGCAGAAGGCCAUUCCCACUCCUGACUUCAGAAGAACUAUGUAGUCAGAUUUACAGAUCUGUCAACAUAGAGCACCAACGUGUUGCACCAAAAAAAUGGAGGAAAGCUACCAGGCAGCUGUUCGAAGGGAGAGGACUCAAAGUAUCCAGGCACUGAACUUUGAACUGAAGUACAUGAUUGUUGGUCAUAUCACAGCUUUUCAAGAGGCCUUUGAGUCUUUGCUUCGCUUUGCUGAAAACCGCACAAGUUCCCUGUUUGAGACAGCUUACAGACCUAUGGCAAAAGAAGCAGCAGAGCCUGUUAAAGAACUUUUUACAGACAUCUCUCUCUACAUUCUGGGUGCAGAGACUACAGUGGAAAGUGCAGUAUUACGGUUCUUUGACAGUCUCUUUCCUCUGGUGUACAGUCGGCUAAUAAACCCAGGAAUUACAGAUUUAUCAGAGGACUAUACGGAGUGUCUACGGCUUACAAGGCAAGACAUAAAUCCUUUUGGACGCUAUUCUAAAAACAUGGUUACAGAGCUGUCAAAAUCUCUUUGGGCAAGUAGGAUGCUUAGCCAGGCCCUCAGUCUGGGCAUUGAAGUGAUAAAUACUACUGAACAUGCAGCUCUCACCAAGGAAUGUAGCAAAGCUCUAGUGAAGAUGCAGUACUGCCCGCAUUGCCAGGGCCUGACACUAAUCAGACCCUGUGUCGGAUAUUGUCUAAAUGUAAUGAGGGGCUGCUUGGCCAGUGUGUCAGAACUGGAUGCACAAUGGAGGGAGUAUAUCUCCACGCUGGAAUAUCUGACUAAUGAAAUGGCUGCCUCACAUGAUCUGGAAAUUGCGCUGACGGGAAUCCGGAACUCCAUCAAUGAAGCCAUCCUGCAUGCACAGUUGAAUGGACCACAGCUCUCCACUACAGUUGAUAAAGUGUGUGGACAGCCCAAACAACAAGAAGGGAACCUGUCAUCAGACAAUAUAGUGCCAGUGAAGGAAGCGACUGAAAUCCAGACAUUCGUGAUGGCUCACGCUAGUCUGAACAAUAAAAGAAGUUCUCUGCCUCUGAAAGCUUCAAAGAAUGACAAAUCCAGAAGUUUGAAAAAAAUCUCUCGAGAGUUCAUCAAUUACAUGAAGCGUUCCCGAACCUUUUAUGCCUCUAUAGCAGAAAGGCUGUGUGAUGGAGACCUGGUGAUGAGAGACAGCUCAACCUGCUGGAAUGGAGAGGAUGUUGUAGAAAGUUACACCAGCAGAGUUGUUUCCAAUGGACUGAAGGCACAAAUUAAUAAUCCAGAACUGAAAGUCAGAGGAUUGGACCCACUCAUCAGUAAUUUAAUUGAUAAACUUCAGCACUUUAAUCAACUGGAUGCUGAGAAGGCAAAAUUAAAACUGGAAAGAUGGGCUUCCCGAGAUGCUGGCAGUGGGGGUGGAAGAAGUGAAGAGAUGGAGUCAAGUGGGGAUUGUGAUGAUGAGGAUGGCUGUCAAGGAUCCGGUGACAGGAUUCACACAGCAGAUAUACUCAAGGACAAGAAAACCCAUCCAGAAAACAGAAACGAACCAAAACCAACUGUGAAAAAGAUUGACACCACAACCACCACAAGCACUGUCAAGUCAUCCUCUAAACACAAUGUAACUGGAAAUGGGAGCAAUCCAGCCCUGAGUUCCUCACUUGUUAUUUUAACAGCACUAGUAGUUCUGUGGCAUCGUCCACUGUAGCUGUAUUGCCUUGCAGCCACUGCGCGAGUGUUUCUGCUCACUGUCAUUUAUACCUACAGCCUUACCCAACAGAAAACAAAUUUAAAUGGCUCUCUAGUUUAUCUGAUAUGUUAGAAUAAAUAUUAAACGAUACGCUGGAGUUUGCAGAUACCAAGUGUCAUCACUUACAAUGUCUGAAGAUAGCCUUUGACAAAGCCCACCCAAGAUACAGAGGGAAUGAUGACAAGGGUCUGAGUAGCUUAAGUUAUGGGGUAGAAAUAAUUGAAAACACAGAAAUUGUGUAUGUGUGUUAUUGUUUUUCUCAGUUUUGUUUGCUCAAAUCUGACUGGUGGUUUUGUUUGUUUAAUUUUUCUGAUAAAUUAUAUGAAUGAUCAAUCUUCAAAUUCAAGCCAAUACAUACUUCAUUUUUCUAGUGAACAGCUAACAAGCUAUGUCUACAGUUGUAAACCAUGUUAAAGUGAAGUACUCUGUACCAGCUUGAUGAAAUUCCUAAGUGGUCAAGAAGAUCAAAGCAUGUUUGAAACUUCUUUUCACUCUUACUGUUUAGACUGUAGGAAGCAACAUAAAAGCAUAUGGUGUGUCUAAUAUAUCAGUAUAGUUGCCUUAACUAUGGAAAAAAUUAGAACCACUUUGUUUACUGAGGGAUAUAGAUAGUGAGUUUCCCUGCCCCACAAAAUGCCAUUACCAGAUGCUUAAGCAUAUGCUCAAGGCUUAUUGGACAAAAUGUCCAGCAACAGGAAACAUAAAUAAACAUAACAAUGUUUUAUCCAGUUGAAUGCAGCUCUGUACAGAGAAAAAAUGAUAAUUCAGUUCAAACUUACUUUGCCUAUGUGAUGUUAAAGAGAAACCAACUUAAAUUUUCCAUAAAGGUCCCAGAGAUAUAAAUUAUUGGGAUCUCCCAUUAGACACUAACCAGAUUUUGUGCAUUGUGGAUCUCUGAAAUCAACUGUUUCAUGAACUGUGUAUUAUUUAAUUACAUUUAAUGUUUAAAUUUUGUAUCAUGGUAGGUGUAAAUGUAAAACAAUCUGAAACCUAGAAUAUUCUCUGUUAUGCCUCAUCUUAACUGCUACCCUAGAAAAUGUCAAAAUGUGCAUUAUAUUACAAGGCUUUUUUUUAAUCAAUGAUACAUUGAUGCGUUUUAACUUUUUGGAUGAAAAAGUACUAUAAUAACUUCUAAUGGGUUAAGAGUUAAUGUGUGUUUUCCAACAACUGUUUACAGUGCCAUUGAAUAUAUAUACACAAACACAACUCUAUGAAUACAGUGAUUAAUGAUAAGUAUAUGAAACAUUAGAAUUGUUAUAUUUACUACAUUUCAUAACUGUUACAACAGUUUAAUGGCCAUUUUCAUGUUGUAGACUAUUAUUAUGUACAUUUUUAUAAGAUUUAAUGUAAAACACUUGCCUUUGUUUUUUUGUAAAACAAAGUUACUGAUACUUAAAGUUACACAGCCACUGACAUAACUCAAAAGAAGAACCCUGUAUCUUACUAAUCAACUUCAGGCAUUUUUUUGGCAACUUUGAUUAUAAAAGACAGCCUGACUCAAAGAAAAUGCCAUGUGCUAGUAUUACUACUGGAUGUCAUUAUAUAGAAAGUGGCAAUAAUACAGAACAAGCGUACAGUAAGUGAACAAAGACUCACUACACUUGUAUGUUUUCAGAUCGUAUUAGUGAACAUGUCUAAUUAUGUUUGCAAAGGUGGGGCUUGAGUUUCAUUUUUAAUUUGGGUCUUAGAUCUUACAGACAAUUAUACCUUACAGACAUAAAGGUAUAAUCAGAACCAUCAACACACCCAGCUGCAAAGGCAGUGUCUCUAAAGUGGCAGCAGCAAGUUUUCUAAAAGAUAAUUCAAUUUUAAUGUUGAAACAAGGAGAUAAAAUGGAAAAGAGACUUAUACUAACAUGAAAUAUUUUAUAUUUAAAUUCUGAUUUUUCAAAAUGGUAAGGAUAUUAAUAUCCCUAAGUAGUGCUUUCCAAUCAUAUCAGUGAAAAUCAGUUUUCCCAAAAGUACUAAAAUGGCUGUCCUGUGUUUUCCAGGGUUUUGAGCUGCACCAGUCUAUUGAACCAUAAUUAAAAAUGCCGCUUCUUGUAUUCAUUUUCAGUGCCCUUUGGAAAAGUGCACUUUUACCUGAGGAGGUGUGCAAGUCAUGUCAUUUGUACCAUGAAAGGACACCCUAAUUCCUUGCAGUCUUAAAGGAUCAGUUGUGAUGGCUGCUGUUAGACAGGUUGGUCUCUGUGCAUGCACAGAAAUGUGCAUCAGGUGCUAACACUUACCACUAGCUCCUCAGGUAAUACCAAUCACUGUGGCUUCACUGAAGCACUUCAUAUCUGUUGCCUGUGAACCUGACCCCUAAUUUAGUAUUCUCACACUUAAGAUGCUCAGUCAUCAUUCAGGCAAAUGCAUCCACGUUUGCACACUUAAGUCUCCAUCAGGAUUUCUAUGGAUAGAGCUAGGGUUUCAGGGCUGGGCUCUGACGCUACCAGAUUUCAGCUGUGCAGCUUGGAGUUUUCAGUUCUUCGCACAUGCAGAAAGGGAGCUUGAAUACUCAGACUAAUGUGUCUUUUUGAGAUCUUUUCUGUAAAAGGUUUUGUGUUUUUAGCUCAGAGCAGUGAUCCAGCUAGCAUAGUAUUCAGCUGUAGCAAGAGGAAGUUGCCAAAGCCCUGCUGUAGGCAUGUAUGGAAUAACUCACCUGGGGGAUUAUUUGUUGUUGCUAAAUGUCAUAAUCUUGCUAAACAAAAACCUCUGAAAAAUCAAGUGUUUGAAUUUUGGGUUUGGUUGGCAAAUAUUUGUAUGAUGUAGCAUUCAUCUCUCAAGCUAAACAAGACAACCCUUUUAAAGUUUCUGUAACAAAAUUAGAACAAGUUCAAACUGUGGAGUGAGAUAGAAUCAACUCAUUUCAUUGGAUUCAACCAAUAUUUUAAUAGACACAAAUUCUUACGGAACCAGGGAAGAGACCUCAGAGGACUCCACACCUAUUAAUACAUUUCAUGCUAAUAUACUUUUACACUGUAAGAAGAGUACUGGUCAAACCAGCAUGAAAUAUGUUCAUAAUGUGCAUCAAAAAUGGUGCAGCUUUAAAGGGCAAUGCAGUACAUUUUUACUGGUGGUUUAUGAUUUUUUUUCUCAGGAUCAGUUGCAUUUACAUAUUAAAUUUUGUUUUCCAUCAAACAACAAAUCUGUACCAGCAAAAGUGAAAACAACUGGCUGUGUCAGGUGAAGGAAGUAUUCUUUUCAGAUGAGUAAGAUACCUGUUUUACAAAAUCUUAUUUUGUUAUCCAGGACACUGUAAUUACGAUGUAAUUACGAAGGUCUAAAUUCAAAAUACUUUUGAACUUGUCUAUGUAAUCUCAGUGUAAAAUAAGGUACCAGUCUAAGAGCAUUGCUGUAGCUUUGCCUAACAGUUAUGAAUUGUAUUUAGCCAUUGCUUUUUGAAUGUUUAUUGUUUUGCUAUGACUUUCUUUUAAUAUUUUGCUGUGCCAGCAGUUGUGAAUGCCAGCAGUGGACAGUAACUGCUGUCAUACAUUUGUGAGUAAAAUCAAUCUAUAAUUUUCU